AUGUCGAGCUGUCACGCGACAGCGGUGCCCAAGACCCUCACUGUGAGCGUGGGUACCAGCAACACGGCCCUCAAUGCGAUUCCCGGUGGCGCGUAUGACACUAUUUCAGGCACAAAGUACGAGAUCGACGAGUAUAACCUCGCUCUCGGUGCUUCCUUUGGCGCAAAUGCCAUUUCCUCUACCACCGGCCGGUACUGGUUCGAGCCAGGCACAACGAGCCUGGAGUUUCAAAAGUUCCAGCUGGAUUCUGCGACGACGCUCUUGGUCUCGUACUCACUGGAGGCGGUGUCCGAGAUCUCUAAGCCGCUCACAGUUUCGCCGUGGACGGACAACGGGGCGCUCUCAACGCUCUCGUUUUCGGCGCCGAUCUCGAUCGCAGCAACGUCUGGUAACAACGUGGUCGUCUCGAGCAGCAACAUCGCGAGCAUGUUCAGCGCGCUUGUGGAGGAGUCUAACUUUGACGAAGACCAUUUGGUGCUCAGGAUGGCACAGGAUGGGUCAACGUGCUCUGGUACGUGCCGCAUCUUUUUGCCCAUCAACAUUCACCUGACUUACUACGAGGUGUGCCCCCCUGUGACGUUUGCGUCGGGUACCGCGAGCAACGCGCGCACCGGAGCCAACUUUGCGGCGGUGAGCGAGGCUGUGACUGUGGGAUGUACCGGCGGUAUGUAUCUGUCUGGCGCACCGAGUGGCGAGUUCUUCCUCGCGCCGUCGUCGGCUCCGCUGGAGGGCGGACUCCUCCACGUGCUCUGGCACUCCCAGGCCGAGUUCUUGGCGCGGACUACCUUCUCGUUCCGGCUCUCGGCCGAUGUCGGCGCGCCGGACGCGCCUGCACCUGUCGAAGUCCCGGUCGAAUGGAGCGCCGACCGCCAUGCACUCGUCUUUACCUCACCAAGUACCAACUACACUGGGUACAUGGACCUCGAGCUGAGGCGGUACAAUGCAAGCAGCGGUGCAACCGCGGGCGUGUUUGGCCUGGGCGGCCUGCUGCAAAUUGUUGACCAUGGUUGCUUUGCACCUGGAUCGGUGCACUACGACGGCAGGUGCCAGUCGUGCACCAAGUUUCCCGGGGCAUAUUGUCCGGGCGGGUCGCGGAUGUGGCCGCUGCCUGGCUACUGGCGGCGCCGGAUGUCGCCGAUCAACGCGCCGGACGGAACGCGGCUGACAAGCGUGUGCGCUGAGGGCUACGCGGGUGAGUUUUGCGCGGUGUGCGCGAGUGGGUACUUUGCUGACAACGGCGUGUGUCGGUCGUGCGGAAGCGACGACUCCGCGCGGGCGGAUCUUGCGAUUGUAGUCAUUACGGCGGGAGCCUUUGUGGCGAUUGUUGCGACGUCGCUUGCGACAUUGUCGGCGCGGCGGCUGGUGCAGGGCAUUUCAACGCUACUGCUGGUGCAGCAGGUGGCGAUGGCGUCUCGUAUCGGACUGCAGCAGCUUGACGACGAGUCGACGCCGGCGUGGGCAGCAGCACUUGUGCGAAUUGCGGCGACGAUCAACUUUGAGGUGGAGACGGUCCGGCCUGGAUGCACCGUGCCGCGAAUCUCGUUUGUGACGGUUUACGUGGGAACGCUCGCCCUCAUGGCCAUGGCUGCGUGUGUCUUUGUCACUGCCGUUCUCCUGCGCAUCGUCACAAAGCGGAUGCGACUGCCGGUCGGACAGCUUUCUGCGAUUUCGCUCAUUUCCGAGUCCUCGGACUCUCUUGGAAGCCCGAGCUCGAUACUGAGCCACUCUUCAACUUUAUCUUCAUCGUCAUCUUCAACCUCGUCAUCGACGUCGUCAUCCCGCGACCACGUGCCGGUCAUCACCGUCUCCGAGUCGCGCGAGCGACGCAACUCGAUCCUCUAUGCCAGCCGUGAGUCUGAUGCUAUCUCGUUGGUCGAGCUACCGGAGUUUCCUUCUGUGGCUAGUCGUGGCAAGAGCCGACGUCGCCGUCGCAAGCGGCGAAACGGAGAUAAGGCCGCUUUCCCAUCGAUCGCCGAGGUGGAACAGCAGGAGGAAGCCCUGGUCGUGGCGCACGAUGCCAAGGGUGACAUUGUGGUCGUGUCAUUCCGGGCGCGGCUCGUGCACGCCAUGAUUAUCUUGGCUGCGAUCGCAUACUUGCAGGUGUGCGUGCGAUCGCUACAGGGCGUGUAUUGCGUCCGAGUCGGCGACGGCUCGCUGCGGCUUGCGGUCGAGCUUCCUGUCCGGUGCUAUGAGGGGACACACCUCGCACUGUCGGUCAUGAUCUGGCCGAUGGUUGUGCUCUUCUGCGCCGGCUUUCCGGCCUUUGCACUCACGAUGGGCCUGCGGGCGGAUGCAGUAUCGCGGUCUGCUCACGUCCGCGAGCUGCUGCGGGAGCGGUACGGUGUGCUCAUCCGCGGGCUCAGGCCUGGGCGGCAGUGGUUCCGGGCACUGCAGUUUGUGGUGACACUGGCGUUUGCGAGUGAGACGGUAUUCAUCGUCGAGCCUGCGACGCGGCUGUUUGCGGCAGUGCUCAACUUCUCGCUCAACCUUGUGCUGAUGGCACUUGUGGAUCCGUUUGAGGACAAGCUGCACACGAUGCUCUCGUUUGCGACAGGUUUGUUCUCGUGCGCCAAGAUCUUGUACUUUGUGUGGCGCGAGACGUCUGGCGGGCUGCUGUUUCUGAUUGCGCUCGCGAUUGUGGUCGUACUCUCGAGCUUUGCGCUCACGCUAGCAGUGUGGAACAUGCUACGGCGGACGCAAGCACUGGCCAGAGUCCACACGGUCGAAGCUGGGCUGACCGGGACAGCGUCCGUUGCCGCCGCGCCUGCGAUGACCGGGAUGGCAGACGGGUCAAGUAAGGACCAGCCAGAACGCCAACGCUCUGUGUCACUGACCCGAACCGCAUUCGACGUUGUUCUCGACUCGGACGGCGAUCUCGGAAUGGCAUCAAACGAGAUGGACGAAAGCUCGCUCUCGCGAGCCGGUACCGCCUGCAGCAUCGUUGACGACGCCUCGGCGGCUCAGGCCAAGUCGUCUCCGACGCUCCACCCUCCGGCUGCUGGCCGUGGGAAGCUCAAGCGCAACAUAACCAUACGGUCUACCUCGGGUAACGUUUCGGGCAACACUUCGGGCAACGUCUCGAGUGAGAUCUCGGGCGAGAUCGCCGAUGUCGGGCGACUCUCGCGUAUUCGCUCGGAACAGGCGAGCCCAACGAGGCGUCGCAAGCGGCGGUCUACCAUCAAGCUCAAGCCAAAGCCCGAGUUUGUUCCACCCAUGUCGUCGAUAUCGCUUGUAUCUCUCACUCAACCUGACGACAAGCUCGACCGCGAGCUUGGUGAUGAUCUCAACGCCAUUUUUGAAGCUCAGGUUGCGGCGCGGACGCCGUCGCGAUUGUCGUCAAGCAGUUUGCAAACGCGGAGGCAGACGCUCACACCGACCGAGUCGUCGUCACGAUUGUCGUCGGGUAAUUUGCAGACGCGGAGGCGGACGCUAACGCCGACAGAGUCGUCGUCGUGUCCGUCGUCAAGCCAGCAGCGGCGGCGCGUGCGCCGUCGCAAGAUCAGCCCAUAA